CUGCACAAAAGUUGUUCUAAUCCACACGAAUUUGUUUAAACGUUUGCGAAUAUUCACCUGUUCGAGAUGUAGUUUUUUCCCGCAAAUCGCGGCGAUUGGCAACUAAGCGCUUUGCGGUAGCGUAACGAUCCCCACACUCGCUGACCACGGCUGCUUGAUAUAUCGGUAUGAGGCGAAAUUCACGCUUUCGAGAAGAGCACGAACUACACUGGACAACAUAUGAUUUGUGUACUUAGCUUCACGGAGGGAUUUUAACAAGAUCUUGGACAUGACUGAUGGAAAAGUCCACGGAACAGACUGUUUCGAGGUCGAUUCGGUAAGUUAAGAAAACUUUCAAAAACUUUAUCGAAGUUUACAAAGUUUUCGGGACGGUAUCUAACCGGCGCCUGCGAUUUGUCCCAAUCGAGAAUUAUUCUGGUUUAAGUUAUUUCUCUUUUGUAUAUUUGCUUUUAACACUUCAUAAUAACGCUUCUGAGUUCUGUUUAAAAUAUUUGCAGUUUCUUCAGAAGAAUGAAUUGUCUAAGCUUUACCAUGUCAGGCACAAGGAAACCGGUAUGUUUUACACCAUGGAAGUUUCUCCGCGGGAUAGCAGCUCUAAAGCGCCGAUUAGCCCUUAUGUACAACAACCCACGACGCGUCUCUCUCCAUUCUUGGUUAAUUUACGGUUCACGUUUCAGACACGGUCGAAAUUCUACUACAUUUUGGAUUUCCCGGGCAAGGAAACUCUCUCGCAGCGCGCUAAAUCAUUUGGCGGAACAUUCCCGGAACCGCAAGCGCGGUUUUACGCCGCAGAGGCGUUGAUAGCUUUGGAGGAAUUGCAUAAUUUUGGUCUUACUUACAAUGAACUAUCCCUGGACACAGUGUAUGUUGAACCUAGUGGACAUGUAAUGUUGUGGCGAAAUUUUUGCGGCAAGCUUUAUUGGAGUAAACGAGAAUGCGUUUGCUCGCUUCAUGGAUUUACCCAUGGUGACCCGUGUAAUAACAACCACGAACCCAAAAGUGAUUUUGAUUUUCAAGAGGACUGGAGAACUUUUGGAAGUGUGCUCUAUACCAUGCUGACUGGGAAAAACUCUCCAAGUUCUGUGACAAAUGACCGGUAUGUACAACACCUAGAAGUCUAGUUUUAUCGAAAACCUCAGGUAAAGCUAAUGGCCUUAUGGUUUAUACUUUUAAGAAGUAAUUAGCACCUCAUUCCUUGCUCAUUAGGUGGUACUUGAUAAAACUCUCUGGUGCUUCAGUGACCUAGAAGUCUGUUCUAAGCUUUUCUUGUCUUAUCUCUGUGUGCGCUGGUGCCAUUGCAGUGUAUGGUUUGUUUGGACAGUUUCCGACAAAAACUUGACCAUGUAGUUUCGCCACGUAAGAGAAAUUGAGUUAAUUGCCGUUCAGUGACAGACAAAGGUUGUUAAUUAGGAUUCCACAAUACUCAAGAACCACUUUGCAGAACGAACCCUAUCGUUUUAAGUCAAGAUUUUAGAAAUUAGAAAACUUCACAAAUUCCUAUUGGUUAAACUUAAGAGCUACAGGCUCAACGUUUUCCCUAAAUUCCUAAUUAGAUAGGAUUUUUUGGCCUACGAAAGUUUCUUUUAGUGGUUUGGUCAGUGUAUUAUGCUAUUCAUAUUGCCCAAUCAGGUAAUAACCAAGUAUUUCCUGCCCUCUUACUUGCUCAAGUCAAUGCCUUUGAAAUAAAACGCCAUGUAACCCUAAAAUAGAUGAACAAUUUUAUUUGUUAUUAUUUUCGACGGUCGAGUUUUAUCUCUGAUGCUAAUUAAUGAAGAAUAGCUGAGAAACAAAAAACACGGUAAUCAUUAAAAUUGAGUCUUGCAUGUCUUUUUUUGUUCGACUGGAAACCCAGUGGCCAUAAGAAAGAAAGGAAAAGAAUCUAUAAAAUCGUCAAAAAAAAUGGGCGCGCGUACCCGGUGCUUUUGCUCCGAAGAUUACACUUUCACGCCUUAGUCUACGAAGACAAUAGAAUCGGACUUAGGGACUUUUCACACAGACUUUGACAUACAGUGCGUACAGGCUAAGCCAGUAAGCAUAAAAACGAAGCACGUUUCGAUCGAAAAGCUUCCGUGACUCUGCCCUGGUGAUGUUUUUUUUUUCCGCCACGAAAUCUAGAAAAACAGAGCCCUGCCCUAGUCUCCGUCAGUUAUGACUAUAAAGUGCUUAACGCUAUCAAAAUAAAUAAAACCUUUUUGUUGAUUUAUUUAGGCACAAUUGUGUAAAAUUGACGUAAUUAGAUCCGUUUACGUGACGUUUCUGUUCAAACACUCGAAAAGUAGCGAAGAAUUUUCUAUGACGGAGGACUGGAGUUCCGAUUGGCUUAGCUAGGUUGAGGUCUGACAUAUACAGUCGACUCCCGAUAACUCGAACCUUCAAGGGAAAUCGAAAAAAGUUCGAGUUAUCGGGGGUGCGAGUUAUCGGAAGCUCGAAGAAAAUAGCCGAGAGUAAGGUAAAAAACAGUUUUUACUGCACGGUGAACAUUUUAAUCACAUUUAAUUGUAGAAAUGUCAAGUGAAAAUUAAAAGAUACUUCUACAUUAUAAAUCAGAACGUAACGUAACAAAACAUAGCCUAAAUAGAGCAUGCGUUUACUGUUUUGAGAAGUGAAGCUGCUUUACGUUAGCCUGUGACAAUCAACAUCAGCCUCCAUUAGUAAACUAUACUCGUACAACACGUUAAUAGGAAAUCCAAAAUUCAAUGUUUCGGACGCCAAUAGACGGCUUUUUUCCCGACUUUUUAAGGGCUCCAAACAUGGUUCGAGUUAUCGAGGGUAAAAUUAUAUAGAAAAUGACCUGGGGGAAAACGAAAAUUGGUUCGAGUUAGCGGGAGUUCGAGUUACCGAGGGUAAAAUUACAAUGAAAGUAGGACGGAAAUCCAGGGGAAAUCGAUUUUGGUUCGAGUUAGCGCGAGGUUCGAGUUAGCGAGGGUUCGAGUUAUCGGGAGUCGACUGUACAGCUAUUUCGAAAAAAGUUUCCAUCUGCAAAACGCAAUAGGUAAUACCAGAACGGAAGGAAAUUUGUGUGCAAUAAUCAUGAAUUCUUAAAAAGCAGUACGUGCUCGUUGUAAAAAGUUUUGAGCAAAUAGGCUGCUGAGGAAAAUUAACAAGAGCCGGAGCCUUCUACGUAUCAAGAUCAACUGAAAAAAAAAAAUGUGUCGCGUUUUUUUCAGCGUAGAGGAGCUCAAACGGCAUCCUCUGAACAAAUGGCGCGCCGGCGAAGAUCGUUACUGUAAGGUUUGUCAUCAUGAACAGUUUACGUGCAUUUGUUUUCUGCCAAAGUAAAAUGCAAAUAUUUCGUUCCUGUAAUAAUACCGUAAAUGUAUUGGGUCACGGUAUUGCCUACUGCGCUUUGCUGAUGUCAACGUUUUUUGAAUUAGCUGCAUGUAUAAGCUAUUUAGGUAGGUCUUGGUUGAUAGGGUAAAAUGGUUAUUUUAAAUAGGGUCUUCUUUUCUUAUUUGCAGUCCUGUGAUAAGUUACCUUAAAGGACAGGACCUAAGCAAUUGUAUAAAACCUGAGCCAUUUGUGCGAGUUACCGUACUUCAAAACCAUAUAACUAGGUUCACUCCAGAAUUAUCUGCUUUAUGAAUAUCCAUAUAAAAACGACUUCCUUAAAGGCGUCGUGCUACGGUUUCUGCAUCUUGAAAAUUUUAGGCUAAAUUUUCAGUACACGUUUGACGUUUAUAAUCCACGUUAAUCUCAUCCAUUCGUAACCCUUAACCCUCUUUCCUGUUUUUUGUUUUACUAAAUCAAUAUUUUGAAGUUUCUUCACUUCCAGAUAACUUAUUUUCAAAAUAGCAAAAACUGAAUGACACGUAUAUUUUUGUGAAAUUCAGAUCAUACUUAAGUAAAACAAACGUACACUUGUUAUCCAUGCGACAUACAACGAUGACAAUGAGAACCUUGACUGUCAGUGUGAGCUGCUUUUAGGGAUUUUCAGACUUUCACUUUAUUUGACUAGCAAUUUAUUUUGCUCUUUUUUUUCCAUUUUCAGUUGCCUCUCUGUUUCCGCCAGUGAUUUGAUCAGUAGACUGGUGCGAGGCGAAGUCUGUCGUAGUGAGCAGAUUCGUUCUCACCCUUUUUUCAAGGGCGUUAACUGGAACGAGGUAAGCUGUACUCAAUUUUCGUACUCAGAGUCCUCGGACUCUUUGGUCAGCGGAAAACGCCAAAAAUGAUCACCCGCCUACCAAAAAGCCCGAGGACUCUGGACACGAGAUUGCAUGAGUACUCCCGAUUUACACCGAUACUUCAAACCGAUGACACAACCCGAAGUGCUCGUUUUGGUUUCAAAGGGAUUUUUUGUCAACGGGUGUACUUUUAGUUGCGGGUUUAAAGGCCAACCUUCAAGCGUAGGCUUUGUUAUUGUUUUGAAAAGCUGGCAAUUUCAAGCUGAUUGAUUGCUUCUCAGAAAUGGCGGGUUUUCACACAUGAAAACUACCUCGAUGCGCAAUGGAUCUAGCACAUAAAAGCCUUGAAACCAUUUUUAAGUUGUGUUAGUAGGCUUUUUCCCUCCAACUAUGCACGUUUUCGGCUUAAGUGUCUUUUACUUUUAACUAGCAAUCGUUAGCCACGAACGUUCGGUUUUUGCAUUUCUAUUGAUUUGCAUUUAUUUUCAUUUACAUUUACAUUUAAAUAUAUUAGGUCGGUAAAAACAGUUAGGUUAUCACACCGUUAGGUUAUCGUUUUUGCUGUGUUAGUCCAUUAAUGAAAUAGUUCUUGAACACGUUUUGUGAGGCCGGUUGUAAAUUAUUUUCGAGUUGAAUUUGACAGACGACUGACCCAUUCGGUUUUCGUCCCUUUUUAUUGUGGUUUUACGGUUUUCGUCCUUUUUUUGUGGUAUUUUUUGCGGUUUUAAAAUGACGCCAAUGUACCCUUCGUCAGCUUCGAUAAAUUCACCGCAGGGAGCCCAGACCCCCUUGAGAACUUUGAGAGUCAAUGCAUACCGUCACAAUAAAAAGUGCUGAGCAAAAAUCCAUCAAGUUUACACACAACACCCUUAACAAUCACUGACCAUGCCGCUGUGAGCUACAAAACAAGCCUUAGGGCUUCUACGUGAACGAAGCAGCGGAAGGUUUAUUUAUUAGUUUGCGGCGUUACUUUUUGGGAGUUUAUUCUUGAAGUAGGACAAGAAGGAAAGCGCUGGAACCUGGGAACACAUACGUCCAUUUUCUCUGAUCCCCUUAAGGAUGCCUAGAAGGUGGUAGAGUUGUUGUGAUUGAUCGUGGUAGGUAAACCAAGUAUACAAAAAUCUCGGGUACUGAACUUUAAGCCUUGGAGCUGACCAGACAUCUAUCACCAAAUGGGCAACGUGGUAUGUGACUAAAAUUGUUGCUUUCUAUCAAUAUUUUGUCUAAAGCAUGCAGCAUAAGGGUGGGUAAAGGGUAAAGAGCUCGUUGAAUUAUCAUGAGCGUCUUAUGCUUAAAGUAGAUGGAUUUUGCGUCAGUAUUGACUUCUCUUAGUUCUAAACUGCGAAACGGCCAUAGCUUGUAACUGCUCAAAUUCGGUUGGUUAUUCAAGAAUUUAUUUCUCUAUAGUAGCCGAGGAUGUCUCUAUUGAAAAAGUCAUGCAUAUUUACUUUAAGCCUUUAAAGUUAUGACACAAGCUGAACACAUAUCCGUAAAAAUUUUAACAGUUGAAACCGGAAGUAACGCAGCGGUAGACGAAUAUCUCUUACACUUUUCUCUUUUCCUCUUUUUGGCGUCUUUGUAGCUAGAUUGUUCAGAGUUGAAAAUCAAACAUUCGUCCAUACAUUUAUUCGCCUUUGGGGAAAACUACAAUAUAUAUUCGACUCAACAAACAUACAAUUUUCUAAACUGAAAAAUUCCACUGUAGCUGUUAAGGCUUUGCAUCUUGAGCUUAGAGAGUGAUUGGAAAGGGGGCUAAACUUCCAGGUGUCACUUGUUCUUGCUCAACGUAUUCGACAAGUCUCUUCUUUUUAAUGCAGUUUAAGAUUAUUUUGUAAACCGUUCGUCUAAUUUGGCGCUCAUACAUUGGGAGUUCUAGGUUCACUUACUUAACUUGCAUUUCAAUUUCAAUGUCGCUCAUAUAGCAGACAUGUGUGGGGAUUAAAUUGCUAACUGGAAAAAGGAAAGUUUAUAGGAGUAGGCUUUUCAGUUCAAAGUCUGCGGCCAUCUUGUUUCUAGUUUGCUGUGUACAGUUCGCAGUUUGCAGUUGCAUUUUGCACCAACUAAUACAUUAUUACGAUCUGAAUCUUCCCGUCACUGCCAGUACGUCUCAUUAUCCUGUCCCAGCAAGAACUAAUUUUGAAGAUUAAAUUCUUCGUUAAAAAAGCGGUUUCAAAUAAAGCAAAAUAAAAGGGUAAAACAUCUAUACAUUCAGUAAAACAGCUUAAAAACAUCACUAAGCCACCUGGCGCUUAAUGCUCCUGUUAACAUUAUUUCGCGUUCGCAAUUGAAAAGAAAAAGCUGUAAAAUUUUAUCAACAACAUCUGGCAAUAUGCUGCAUAUAUAUAGCUGCUGUCCGUUAUUUCAGUGUUGUUUCGAGGCGUUUCGAUUCUUGUAUAGGAUAUUAUGCACGCCGAGUCAAACUUAACUGAAACAAUGAUUAAAACAUAUCGUACAAAUAUAAUAUAAAUUUAAGUAGCCAAGCCUUGUAAAACACAGCUUCUUUCUUUCGCAAUGUGUCUGUACGAACGCCUUUUGAUAUCGAUGACAACUUUUCAGGCUUGGAAAGUUAUGCGAUGAGCGGCAACAUUUUUACUAAAAGAGUUCGUUUCGUCUUUUAAAGAAGGAAGUAAAAUAAAACUAAAAUAGUUUUAACAUUUACCAGACAAAUUACGCUGAUUUGCGAGCCCAAACGUAUACUUUUAUUUUUGUGUGUUGUUAGUCAAUGGGGCCAUUACAAUUGAAAUGCCUUCGACAGGCCGAAAAAAAUGCACGCCUGUUCACCGGCUAUAAUGUGGCUAGUAGACUGUUUUACCGUGAGAACAUGGCAGGGUGCAUGGAUUCUUUUGUCCAAACAUCGACCGAGCGUAACAUUCGUUCCGUUUUGUUGACGAAUAUAAAGAAUGCAAUCAAGUAGUCAUUUUAGUGAAUGCGAAAAAGUAUCAUUGUAAUGUCGCGUUAAACGUGGAAAGAACAGCAAGAGUGUAAAAGCCAAAACUUUAACGCAACUAAAAUUAACCAGUGAAGAGUUUCUUGAAUCUGAGCAAAUAGUUUUAAAAUUAGUAGUAGUCAUGGAUUGGGAAAAUGCGUUCGCACCGAGAAAGUUGGUUCAGCGAUCCAGCAAUAACGCAUUGAAGUCGUGUGACUUAUCAUCACUGAUGCAUGACAGCGAGUCUAGUGAUUUCAUCAAAACGAGGCCCAGUGACGUCAAGACAUACGGAGCUGAACAACCUUGUUCCCAGGGUACUAUCUCUUCCUUGAGACAAGAGAGAAAACCCUGGGAACGAAGUUGAAAGCUGAAUUCACUCUUGGUGCUGAAGACACAGGAUCCCCAGGACAAGAUUACGGUUGCUUGAGCGUCGGCCUUCUAUUGUCUUAGGGAAGCUUUUUGUUUUGAAUUACUUAAUUCAUGUUUUUAUACAUCUCUAUUUCAUUUUUAAAUUUAUUUUAGGUGAAAAAGAAAGAAACCCAGCCUCCUAUGGGUAGUGAUAGCGAGCCGAUAAGAAGUCAAACAAGCGCUUCCCCUUCUUAUUCGUCAGGAAGAGCUGAUGUGCCCACUGGCCCUUCAUCUUACAGACCACAGAGCACGCUGCACCAGAGGGACUCACCACUAGGGGCCAACUUAGACAAUGCCCUUGAGUCUUACAGACCACGCACCUUGUCACGCCACAGUGAUCCAUCAAUGAGCACGUAUGGAGAAAGUGUUCCUUUUUCACCUCUAAGACCCCAUAGCCUUACACACAACAGUGAUCCAGGUGAUUCCGGGUAUGUUAAAAGCGCCCCUAACUUUAUGGCCCCUGGUCCUGGUCUUCAUCAUGCGGCAUCGACUCCUGAUCUUCGCACAUCAGGGCACGAAUUUUCAGUGAUGAAUUAUCACCAUUCAUAUCUGGCGAAUGACGUCAAUUAUCGCCAUGGAUACCCUGAUCAGUACGGUGCAAGAGCAAGUGCCUACCCAGCAACACCCCAUAGGGAGGUGGAAGGAAGGCACCUACUUACAUCACGAUCAUUGAGUGAUCUCAGUAACCUUGGUUACGAUGCUGGUUAUGGAUCCCAGUCUCCAACCGCUAUUCAGAGAAGUUUUGCUUAUCCGAGUUACGAAGGUGAUCCACGCUAUCGAGAAAUGUUUUAUCUGCAGUCUGAUUCGACCUCUCCAAGAAUUUACAAUGGUGAAUACAGACUUUAUUCUGCAGGAAGUGUUCCAGAUUUAACUGCAAGUUCUCCUCCGUUUAGUCCACCUUACUUCAACCCUCGCGAUGGUAGAGCCUCACCAACCCCCUCUCAGUAUAGCGAUUAUAGUUCGUUUUCGGCAUAUACCGCCUCCCCUUCACCCUCCCCUCGCGAUGCCUGUUUGUCGCCUCGUUCGCGUCUAAGCGAGAACGGUUUUUCGCCGAAUGAGAGCGGUUAUGGCACGAGAGGAAACGAGAGUACGCUUGGCUUCACGAGAUACGAUCAGAAGUCAUCGGGAGCAUUCGAGUAUCUUCGAUAUAACUCGGAAAUUCGGAGUGGUUAUCGAAGAGGUGAGUCACCAUCUCCCUCGACCCCUCAACGUUUCUUCGGUUACUCUUCACCUCAGAACAUUGUUCCACCGAACAAAGCAAAGACUCAGAAUAAUUCCUUACAAGGAUUAGACCCCACGACGAAAACCGACUCUAGCCGAUCUUCUACCGUUGGCGGUCGAGAGAGACCGUCGUUGAGUCGAGCUAUGUCGCUUUCUAAUCUCGGAAAACAAGCGAAACAGUUAAUUGCCGAGGAAGUUUCGGAAAAGAGGAGAGAUAGUCUACCGCUGUCUGUUGGAAGUCCCAGAGAGAAAUAUCCACUGGCAAGAGUUCCAAUUCCAUCGUUUAGGGAAUUCAAACAGAAAAAUUUAGAGAGAUAUUCGAAAAAUGUUCGCGUAGAUGAAAAUACCCACACUAAGGAGGUGGGGUUAGGGAAAUUUCCAAAGACAGUUAAGCACGAAUCCAAGAGCGACACGGACGGGCGAACUAGUCUAAAGGAGAGGCUCUCUUCUCUCUAUGAAAGCGCUAAAGACAUAUCGGCACAGAACACUACAAAAAGGCUUAGUAUAGCAAACAAGAUGGAUUCGUCAGGUGGUGAAGGAUACAAGUUUAAUUCGUCGGGAAAUGGGAGGAUUGAUAAAAAUAUUGCAAAGUCAGGGGAAUCGAUUGAACCAAAACAUGAUAGCUCAAAGGAGACUAAAAUCUCUCGAAAGAUUUCGAGGGGACGGCAGGAGAGCCCUUUCUCCAAGAAUGAAGUGAUCCACCAAUUAAUGUUGAAGUACGGUUUGUACGAGAAAGGGAGUCGGAAGAAAUCUCGCAGUCCCAAGGAUGAAAGAAAGGCCAUUUCGUAUGGCAAUAUCAGUUUAGAUGGCAAAGAAAGAGGAAAUGAAGAGAAGGAACCUCAGAGGUUAUCUUCGGAUGGAAUAGGAAAGUUGAUGGAAGAGAGAGAAACAAAUUGGCAGGGCGCAACAGAUCAAUCGACCGGUUCUACUCUUGUAGACAGCCCACUUUCUCCUCGCAAAACUACUCAAGGUAUCACAGGUGAGGCUAGAAAGACUGCCGCUGAAAGGUUCAGAGAAUUGAGAAGGAAAAACGGAAUUUGUAAAGGCGUUUUUGAGUCUUCUUUAGAUGGAGCUGGCGUUACUAGCAGAGUCAAAUCAAAGGAGAGCAACUCAACUGACAGGACGGUAGUGGAGAAUUAUAGUACUGCCAAGGCCUCUCAAAAAAAUGAUUUGGAGUCUUCAGUUGCGGAUAGAGUUAGAGCUCAAUCGCUCGCCUUGAAAAUCAAGGCGGCGAAAGAUGAAAUUUGUGCUAGUAACAGUGAACCAAUAAACGCCAAACUAGACUCGUCGAAUGUGACAAAGAACUCGUUUAGUUUACGCGGGACUUCGCGAGCCAUUUUAUGUGCCUCAAAGUUCAAAAGAGCCGCAAACAAAGAAUUGAGUACAACGAAAGAUUCGCCAUUACCCGACAGAAAACAACUGUCAGAAAUAAUCGGCAAAACGGAGGAAACUACGAAACAUAAGAACCAAGAAACUGAAAAGAACCCUGCAAAUUCCCCUACGAAUUUAAUGGAUGUCAAACGUAACCGAUCAUUCGACAGGGCGUCACCGAGAGCUCGACGCCGGCGAUUCCAGGAAGACAGAGGUCUUCGGAAAGGGGGAAUCCACACGAGCAUGCUCAGUGUGGCCAGCAGUGCUUGUUCGGACACCGAAGUGGACGAUACUGUUAGUAUCUGUAGUGAAAUGGAUGAUGAACGUGGUUCACGAAGCCGGCGAUGGGAAAGUUUCCAUAGCAACAUGAGUGCUGACAGUGGUUCGGCUCACAUGUUUGAGUUUGAAACAGAUUCUAACAUAACUGAGUACGAUGAAGUGUUCGAUUAUCAGGAUUCUGAAGGUAAUCUUUCAAUCAUUUGCUCGGCCACACUAGCCUUUGUGUUACAAAGACUGCCAAGAGUUAAAAAGGAUUUUAUUAUUAUUAAUUAUAAUAAUAAUAAUAAUUAUUAUUAUCUUUAUUUUUAUCGUUAUCAUUAUCAUCUAUGUUGUGUUAGAUUCACGAAAAUUCAAUUUGGUACUAUCACAAUCUAAUGUAUAUUCAGGGGAUAAGUAAUCGCAAAAUGCUGUGGAAACGGAUUUGUUCAGUGGAAUUCGUUAUCCACCGUUUGAACAAGUACGGCCUGGCGAGCUGUGCCGAAAUAUUGAAAAUUCGGCUAUCUUUUUUCGUUUCAAAUGCGGGGGUUCUUUAGGCUUGCGUUUGUGUAUCAUUUGUAUUGAAAAAAGAUCUUAUGCCCAGGAGAGACUCCUAAUGGUAACCAGUAGUUUCGCUACAAAGAUGUUUUACUGCACUCUGCUGUUAAAAGUCAAUUCACUGUAAAAAUUUGAUUUUUGCGCACUUCUCCAUUUGAGAUAUCCAAGAGAAGCAACUUAAACCAAAUCCACUUAAACAAUGAGAAAUUGUCACAGUUUACAUAGGCAAGCUCGUAGCGAAACGGUCACAAUCUUUAGGGAAACAACCGGCUACCUUCUGAAUCAUCCAAUCGCCUUUUAUCAUCAGAUGACCAACCUAAAUUCGAAGUAGAUGUGGAGCGCACCGACAGCGGUGUCGGAGGAGAUAUGGGACAGAGUCCCUUGAGGCGGUCCUGGGAAGAGAUUAUGAUGAAGAGCUCUGAGCACUGGUCCAUUGUAGCUGCCUCAGCUCGACACUGGCAAGAACUGGCGCGAAGGAAAAAGGCCAAUGAAAACGAACCGAGUACCACACCAAGAAAGAAGAGUUCUACGCAUUCUAUUACAGAAGAUAUGGUGAGUGUACGAUUUCUUUGAUUUUAUUCAUUCAUCCAUCUCUGGGUUCGUCCAUCAAUCAAUUCAUCCAUCCCUUCAUUUUGUUUGUUUCCCUUCAUUUCGUUCGAUCGUUCGAUCAUUCAUCCAUUCAUUUUGUCCCAUUCGUUUGAUCGGUCGUUGGAUAAUUCUUUCAUAUUCACUCAUUCAUUGAUUCAUUGAUUCGUUGACUCGUUUACUCGUUCAUUUGUUCAUUCAUUCUUUCAUUCAUUCAUUCAUUUGUUCGUUCUUUCAUUCAUUCAUUUGCUGGUUUCUUUUGUUCGUUCGUUCGUUCGUUUGUUCAUUUAUUAUUUACUCAAGCAUUUCAAAAAGUGACGAGGACUUGCUUUCUAUCUGAACGAAUUCCAAUAUGCGUUGAAUCCAAGUCAUGUCAGUAAGCUUAGUUUGUUCUGUUAUCGCAAGGUUUUGUUCAUCUCUAUAACCAAAAUACAUGGAAGAAUACGUACUCCCACACAUUCCCACAACAGAGUAGCCAACGACCAAUAGUGUUGUUUUCAUUCGAAAACACAUUGUUCUCGCCAUCCUCAGGUUGAAUGUCCAGAUUGUCUAAAGCACUAUGUUCCACCCGAGGAAGAAAGCAACGCUAGCGAGCCCCAGAUUUGCGCCAAAUGUAAAGAUCGCAAAGUGGAAAGAAAGGAGGCUAUUAUCGAGCUUGUACAAACGGAAAUCAACUAUGGAAAUGAUCUGCAAAUUCUUAAAGAGGUCAGUUUUACUGUACUUUACUUAAACCCUUCUUGACUCCAUAGUAUUACUCCAUAAAAUCCUAUGGUGUGACCAUUCAAAUGAAAGCUAUUGAACAGUACUUUCCUGUGGUACUGUUUAUUAUACUAUACAAGGUGGUUCUAACAUCUGAGUCAGUUGAUGAAAUGCUAUGAUGUGACUAUUCCAAUGAAAGCUACUGAGCAGUAUUUUCCUGUUGUACUGUUUAUUAUGCUGUACAAGGUGGUUCUAAUUUUUGUGGAUAAAAGACCUGUGGAUAAAAUCCUAUUGUGCGAACGCUACUGAACAGUACUCUCCUUUGGUACAGUUUAUUAUACUGUACACUGGUUCUAAUGUAAGAGUGUAGGGUCGGAAUCCAUAAGUGUGACCAUUCAUUUGAAACUUCUUUGGCAGUACUAUCACAUGGUCCUACUUGUGUUUUCAUUUUUGUUAUUUUUAUUUAUUUAUUUCUUUAUUUAAUUCGACAUUUUUCUUGAAGUUUCGGUUCGCCAAUGAAUAAUAAAGCAAGAUCCUGCCUAGUGAUAUCAGGUGUAGGAGGGGGGAUGGUUGUUUAAGGGUAAUAAUGUUGCCAUGGAUGCGCUAGAAACAGCUGAUGUAGUCAUGUUAAAUCUAACCUGCAAUCCUCUUUAUUGUUGAAAGCAGCUCCUUUAAAAACUGGAAAAACAUAGCUACCAAGAACAAUCAAAUAUACUCAAUUGAUUAAUAAUUUCCGACUUUCCCUUUCUAUUAAUCCGCGUGAGUCAGGUCAAUGGCUUGUAUAUUUAGUUCUUUGGAAAAUAGCCAUCAUCCUUUGAAUUACAAACAGACUUAGUGCAUUUUAAGUGAGCAAAUACUACAAUAGCUAAGGCAAAUCUGUUUACCGGAAAUUAUCACUACAAGAGUUCAUUUUCAUCUUUUCGUGCUGUGGAGUCCCUUGCUGCAAAGUACAAAAAGAAAGAAAUGCUGCUACUCGCCAAUCUCGUAACCAGAUCUCUCUCUGUCUCCUUUGGGCGUGGGAGAUCUGAGUACGAGAUUUACUACGCGCUUCAGGAAAUACUGGGCCCGGUUUCCUCUUUUCAGGCUGUGGGUUCCACAGUUUCAGACUCAGAGUUGAGGAUGUAGAUCAGUUCCUGUUUGAUAGCUUCUGCCAAUCGAUCCAUGUGAUCGAUAGUGUUGUAGAUAUGAGGUGAGAUUCGCAUUCUGUUCUCCUUCUUGGUCGAGAGGCAAAUCUUGUGAUUGUCGUAGAUACGAUUGUAAAGCCUCACACUCAGAUCAGCCUUUUCGGUGGACUUUGCUUUCUUGGAACCACGGGGCUUUUUUGACUUUUUUCUACAUUUGAUGGAGGCUGAUGGGUACGGCGGUUCGUUGAACUUAAGCACCAAAAUUGCAUGGUACAUUUGCGUCUCGAAUUGGUCAUCCGGCGUCUCGAUGGCGAAGAUGACGUCUGUGCCGACCCCAAAAUAUUCCGAAACCUCAUGCUGGACAGUAAGCAGUCUCUUUCGCAAGUGUUUUGUGAGAUCGUGGAUCCGAACGCCGAUGUUUUCAAAGCCAAUAAGCUCCAACAGGUCUCCAGUGUACAGAAGCCCAAUGAGAUUAGUGUCGUUCCGUUGUCCAACCAUCUCAAAUCUGGAGGCGUCGUUCUGUAGGGUUUCCGGUUCCUCUCCUUCGGGACGCGGGGUUAGGUCUGGGGGAGGUUCCAUCUCUCCAUCGUAGCCGAUGUCCUUGGGUGCAAAAUUGGGAACGCGCUCCUUUUUCAUGUACAGAAUACCGCACUCCUUGGGCCCCACAUACCACUUGUGGCUCCCUCCGCUGUAACUGUCACAGCCCAUGUCUUGGAGGUCGUGCUUCAUUGCUCCCCAGGAUUGCGCCCCAUCAACGUGCACAUGGACGUUGGGGUAAUCCUUAUGGAUCCCUGCACAAAUCUCUUUGGCUGGUAGCAAUGUGCCAGUCAGGUGGGAUACCUGUGGAUGAAAUAAAAGCCAUCACCAAAGGAUACUCCUUCCAUCUAAUUUAGGUCCCUCUAUGAUACUUUGGAAAUUGUUGGUAAGACUGUGCGCUAGACAUGUCUGACAUAGCAACCUGGUUCCCAGGAGCGUAAGAGAGGCUGGGAACAACGUUGUCCGACAUAAAGUAGUUCUAGGUUGUUUCGUUCUGACCUCCCUGGGGUUAGAAGAUACUGAAAGAAGUGAGUAACAAGUUGAAUGUGCAUUCUGGUGCUCCCGAAAUCUACUUAUGAUGUCUUAACCCUUUAAACCCUAAUUUCCAAAAUUUAACUCUCAUUUGAUGCCCCUAUACAUCUCCUGUAGGCAUAAUAGGAAGAGGAUAUCAAUAAACCACUUUCAAUUUAUGAAAAUUUACACUUGGCUCUGACGCUUGAGGGAACAGGGAAAAACAAGAUAUGAAUGCAUUCAAAGUAUAAAAUAUUGAAAAGGAAAACUAAACCAUUUAAAGGUCAAAAAUAUCAUUUUCAGGUCUGUAGGUUUUUGUCACUGGGUUUAGGGGCUUAAAAGAUAUUCUAGAUUCGCGCCAAAAUCGUUCUAAAAAUAAACCUCUGGGUGAAAACGCCACGACAUGAGUACAUGGAUUCUGAAUUGGUCUUUAAGGUUAGGUUUGUCAUGUUUUAUCGGCUCAAAAGCACUUUAUUAAGCAAAAGUAAACUAAAGAGGAUUAGGAGUUUAAGAGGUCAUGUUUUCAAUCAUUCAAACAAUAAAGGCUUGCACCCAGCAUGCGCUUUGUUUGGCUAUCAAUGCGAAGUAAGCCCCCCCUUAUUGUUUGUACGUGCUGUUUUAUAAUCAUGUCAUUAUUCUUGCUUUAUAUAGAGUAUUGGACCUCACGAAACGUUAAAAAAUUCGUUGUGUGGGUAUUGAAACGAAUUAUAAAAUGUGAAACCGCUUCUGAAGAGGUUUCAAAUGAAUCGUUUUAAAUUCACAUUGCAAUGCAUAAUAAACAGUACCACAGGAAGGUACUGCUCAGUAGCUUUCAUUUAAAUGGUCACAUCAUAGGAUUUCAUCCACAGACUUAAAAGUUAGAACCACCUUGUACAACACAAUAAACAGUACCACAGGAAGUUCGACAGUGUCGAUCAGUAGAUUUCAUUUAAAGAGGACACAGGAUAUCAUUCACAAACUGAAGUUCGAACUUAACUUUAGAAGUUGAAAUGUGGUUGGGCGGAGGCUCUCAGAGUUACCCACAAGAACAAGGGCUCUCUCCCAGCGAUGUACAGCGCUAAAAAUUAUAAAUAAAUUACUGAUAAAAAUUCACUUACCUCACUGAAGGCAACUAUUUUGGUGUUGUCAUUAACAGCAUCAGUAAACGCUUUGACAAUAUUGGGAAUAUUAGCUGUCGCUAGGUCUUCUUUAGGAAUUGUGACUCCUUUAGGAUUACCGAUAUUGGGGAAGCGAUUCUGCCUGAUGUACCAAGCUACAUUGUUUAGAGUCGGGUGAUUUUCCACCCAAUACACGACUUCUUCUCCUUCUUUGAAAUCUAAGCCGUUUGUGAUCACUGCAUUGGGGUCAGAGCCGUUCCUCUGUAAAGCAAUCAACUCCGGUGCCACGUUCAGCUGUUUGGCGAUCAUCUCUCGGGCGACCUGGAUGGUGUGCACAAACGGCUGCGUUCUCUUCUGGAGGGAAAUAUCCCUGUUCCAAUCUAUCGCUUGUGCGUUCAUGAACCGCUGUACUGGGUUGAAGACGAUGGACAAAUUCGCGGCGUUGAUCGGCACGCAAUCGGCGUAGUCAUCGAAGUCGAAAAGCCCGCGCACGUAUACCCACAAGUCAUCGCCUGUUUUGCUCGUAAGGGAGUUAACGAUCUCGACGAACGUUUUCUGGAAGGCAAGAAAGUUGUCGCGACUAACAAGACCCUGACAUCGGAACCAGUGAGCCACUCGGAAGGUAGGGCGGUUUUGGGGUUUCAAUUCGUCUACCAUUGCGACGUCUCAAAGUUACCUCAGUGAAGCUUCAGCUGCGACUGACGUUCUGCAAUUAAGAUCUGGGUUAUCCAUGGGCAUAAGUUGGGCGGUACGGAAGGAGUGUUGUUGGAUUGAUGUCAAUCAAUGCAGAGUCAACAGACUAUUUAUUGUGCCUUGGUAUAAACUAUGACCAGAGUAUGUGCAGUUAUAACAACGUAACGCUUUGAAAAUUGAAGGACAACACAAGUGAAAGGAAUUGCGUCCAUAAAAACUUGACAGGUUUUUAGUUUCUUACGCUCUCGGGUGUGCUCUUAGAGGACAGCACCGGGUGUGUGAUUGAGACGUGUUGUGAUUGCCUUGUUUGACUUGUUUGACUUGUGUUAUUUGACCUUGUUUCAGCUCUAAUCAAAUAAAAAUGAUAUAGUGUAGAGUUAAUUUACGUAUGGCAUUUUGCGGUAAGGUUGCUAUCAUUGAUCGUGAUUUAUUGACACAUUCCGCAUUUGUUAGCAUUUGUUUGCACAUUGUUUUGCCUCUGUACGUGACUUGAAUUUGCAUUUUUGUUGUUAUUCGCAAUUUAAAAGAAGCUAAGCUAUAUAUCUUGAACUAUCCAGUUGAGUCAUUUUAAAAGUAAUUUCAUUCGGAUAAUUCUAGGGAUCAAAACUAUCUGGAUACGUGUGGAAGUCCUAAGACGUAUAAUACCGUAAAAUUCCGAAAAUAAGCUCGUCCAUGUAUAAGCCCCUUCGAAUAUAAGCCCCCCAAACCGGUGACGCAAAAAACCCUCCGUUAAAUCGUCCCUCCAAAUAUAAGCCCCCCGGGGGCUUGUACUUGCAAAAUUGCCCCCAAAUACAAAGUAAAAUAACACAAUUAAAUUUACUUCCAACUAUGCGAUCACCGUGAGAAAGGGAAGGGAAAAAGGAAAAUUUUUAGGUACUUCAUAUUUUUGGAUGGAAGUUUUAGGUCUCUUACCUUACAAAGGAACCACCUUCAUUCCCAACCUGUCAAGUUAAGGCGAGACUGUAUGUAAAUUUUAUUGCCGCACGGAAAUACAAUUUUCUCGAUUACUCUUUGUUUUGUUUUGUUUUAUGUACAAAAUCUUUGCUGUAACGAUUCGAAAUAUCACUCCUUAAACUGAAAGGACGUUUCAGUCACGAAUGUUGACAUCUUUGAGAAAAGUAGUUCAGUGUUCAGUUUUUCUAUAGCCUGCUUCAGGUUUACAUAGCCUUGCACGGAGUUUCUUUUAUUUUUCACCUAAAUUUUAGUGUCCGUUUGUGCUAGAGGGUUCGGUUAUUUGCUUUGCUGGCCGCGGGGAAGGGGAAUAGGACUGGUAUGUACGCGGAGAUUUUCGUUUCAUGAAUUUUACAACUUUUUGAUUUUUUAAUUUUAACUUUUUUUUAAGACUUUUUUUUUUACCCACGACAAUUACCCACAUCCACACCUUUACCCACGACCCACGACAUUUAGCUACACUCUGUACUGACGUAGGCAGGUAAUAAAAAAAAGUGAAUUCACGAUUGUGUAAAACUGUCGGCAAUUGUGCUGAAUCAUUGCAUGGGCAAUGCUUUUGGUGCGCCCAAAAAGUCAUUAAGAGUAAACGCUAUCUUUGUAAAAUCGUUUCAGCAAUGAGCUUGUGUCACCUUCUGUUUCUGACGGACUUACACGGCGAGUUUUAAUUAAUCCUUCAAAUCAUUUGUUUACAUUUUUAAGCCCCAGUUUGUUUGAAUUUUGAACUGUGAUGACAUGACUAACAAAGGGGAGCUACUUAGGGACAGAACAUUAGAAAAGUUAUGGGGGGAGGGGAAUUUUCGAGCCGCGGGAAUUUUUUUCUCGUUAUCAAAUUCCUUGUAUGAAUUUUUUUUUAGGCUAUAGCAUGAAUAUUUUUUAGGAUUAAUUGGCGUGCAUGAAUUUUUUUUCAUUUAAUUUCCCCUUGCGCGAAUAUUUGUUUUGUACUUCAGGGGUAGGGAUUUUUCGGCCGGCGGGAUUUUUUUUUUUGUUUUAAAAUUCUUUUUUUAAUUUUUUUUUUAGGUUUAAGAUUAAAUUUUUUUUGGAUUUAUUUUGGGUUAUUUAUUUUUUUUUCUUUUAUUUUCCCCUUCCCGAAAAUUUUUUUUUUUCUUUCCCCCCCCCCCCCCCCCCCCUCCCAAGUUUUCUAAUGGUCCGUCCCUUAUUGAUUUAAUGUUUUUUUUCCAUACGUAUAUGCAUUUAAAGUUUGUUUUCUGUAAUCGUCGACUUUGAUCAUUGAGGUGUUUUGACGUGCGUUUUUAAUUAAAAAUAGCAGAGAGAGAUAUUUUCAUUGGUCAGUGAUCUUUUGGAUUCAGAUGUCUUGUUUUCUAAUGCCAAUUAGAUCUUUUGCUAUAGUAAUCAGGUAUAAAAUCAACUCCUCGCAAGUAAAGUUUACUAUGUUUCUAUAGUUACUUGUCCCAGAAUGCAAACAGUCGUGAGUGGGCGAGUAGUCUCGGGGCAACUUUAGGAGAAGCCCUGGAAACGACGCUUGAUCUGAGCCAAGUGCACUUCUAACCUUGCGUUCACUGAUUAGACACAGAUAUGCUAUUGGUUGGGGUGGUGGGGUAACAAUGGUAUGUGCUGUGAUCGUGAGAAACUAGUUCUAAACCAUGGAAGCUUUUUCGUAGGAAUUCUACUUACCGAUGCAGUCUGGCGGAAUUUUAAGUCCGGAAAACCUGGCUGCCAUCUUCCUUAAUUUGCAGGUAACUAAGCGUACUCGAUUAUAUAAACUCGACGACGAGGGAUACGUUUGAUCAGUUUCAUGGAGGGAAAAUGUUAUUCGGUUAAUAUGUAAUAAGUUUGAACAACAGACUGGGCUAUUUGUCCGUAAAUCAGCAUAAAAAACCCAAGCUAGAUGUUGGGAAAACGAUGUUUUUGGUAGGUUUUAACACACACGGAGACUCGCUGAAGAGCCCAGAAGGAAUACUGUCCAGAGAGGGAAACGCCCAAUUUAGCCCUUGGGAUUUGUAUAUUUCACCAAGGUUUUUUUUACCAAUGAAACGCUUGAAAUUUACAGGAAGUUGGAUUCCUGUGAGAUCCGCAAACCGUAAUUUCAGUGUUUUCAAUGGGAAGUCCUUCAGACCAGGUUUUAUGAGCCUGCGAGACUAAGCACCCCACCCAAGCCCUUGUUUUGACUUAAACCGCUGGACGCCCAACCUGGUUGAGGUGAUUGUUAUCAAGGGUCUUCCUUUUCAAUGGGACAUAAUUUAUUGUUUGCUUUGAGGCAGUCCUGCAUGGACUUAUGACCUUGCAAACGAUAAAAGUGUGUGGACAGCUCAUGAAUUAGACUUCUGUUCAAUUACAACCUCUAAAUAUAGCUUUAAUGAAAUUCACAUGUCCUGCCCAGCGUCCGAAGAUUUCCUCUUUGUCCAUUAAUUCUCUUUUGAAGAACACAUUUCUCAGAACAAAGGGGUUGCUUAUCUCACCAUACUGGUAAAGUAAAAUCACCCACGAGAAUACGAUUUGGGAGAUGGGUUAGGGGUGGAUUUGAAACCCCUUGCGUACACCUCCGGAAAAUUCCUUGCUACACUCUUGGUGUCUGAUAUUAAAUGAUGAUUGGUGAUUUUGCGUAGUAUUAUUAUCCCAAUUCUUGGUUGCACUAGGUCACGAGUCUGCAUAGCAGUUGUUCCCUUACCUUAAUGUAGGCAAAUACUCCAGUUCAAACUUUGUGAGCACAGAUAGAAGAAGAGCUAAAAUGUAUGUUUGCAUUUGCCUUCAAGGAAUUACUUGAGGUAAACUCCAAGUUUUGCGCCAAACUACAGAAAAGUUUAGAAGAUUCGGUUGCAAAUGGAGAUGAGGUACAUGCUUCUAAUUAUUCUAAUUCACCACUUUAGAAAGCAAAAGGGACCUAGAGCUUAAAUUUCUCACGCAAUUGUUCUUAGUAUCAUCUUCCGUCCCCGGUAACAGUCCUAGAAGUCUUUGCCAAAGUUAAUUCGACCCAGUUUUCUUUUGGUUUCUAAAAUGGUGCACAAAAAUAAAGACCAAGUCACUUUAAAAAGCACAUUUUUUCUUUUACGCUUUGUCGCUGUUAUCUCAAUUGUCACUGUUGCCAAUGUUGUCACUGUUGUCACCAUUUUCACCGUUGUCGCUGUUGUCACCAUUCUCACUGUUGUCACUAUUAUCACUGUUCUCACCAUUGUCACUAUUAUCACUGUGGUCGCUGUUGUCACUGCUGUCACCAUUGUUACCGUUAUCGCUGUUGUCACCAUUGUCACUGUUGUCACCCUUGUCAUUGUUGUCACCAUUUUCAAUGUUGUCACUGUUAUCAUUGUUGUCACUGUGGUUUCUCUUGUCGCUGUUGUCACUAUGGUCACUGUUGUCACUGCUGUCCCUGUUGUCAUGUUGUCACUGUUGUCACCGUUGUCACCGUUGUCACCCUUGUCAGUGUUGUCACUGUUGUCACCCUUGUCACCCUUGUCAGCGUUCUCACUGUUGUCACCGUUGUCACUGUUGGCACCGUUGUCGCUGUUGUCACCGUUGGCACUCUUGUCACUGUUCUCACUGUUGUUACCGUUACCGCCAUUGUCAUUGUUGUCACUGUUGUCACCAUUGUCUCCCUUGUCACUGCUAAAAUUGUUGUCACUCAUAUCACCUUUGUCGCUGUUGUCACCGUUGUCACCGUUCUCACCGUUGUCACUUUUGUCACCCUUGUCACUGUUGUCACUGUUGUCACCGUUGUCACCCUCGUCACCGUUGUCACUGUUGUCACUGUUGUCACCGUUGUCACUGUUGUCACCGUUGUCACUGUUGUCACCGUUGUCACCGUUGUCACCGUUGUCACCAUUGUCACUGUUGUCACCGUUGUCACCGUUGUCACUGUUGUCAUCGUUGUCACCGUUGUUACCGUUGUCCUUGUUGUCACUGUUGUCAGAUUUGUCACCGUUGUCACGGUUGUCACCGUUGUCAUCGUUUUUACUGUUGUCACCGUUGUCACCGUUGUCACUGUUGUCAAUGUUGUCACUGUUGUCACUGUUGUCAUCGUUGUCAAUGUUGUCAAUGCUGUCACCGUUGUCACUGUUGUCACCGUUAUCACUGUUGUCACCAUUGUCACCGUUGUCACCGUUGUCAGUGUUGUCACUGUUGUCACCGUUUUCACUUUUGUCACGAUUGUCACGGUUGUCACCGUUGUCAUCGUUGUCACCGUUGUCACCGUUUUUCACCGGUGUCAUUGUUAUCACUGUUGCCACCUUUGUCACCCUUGUAACUGUUGUCACUGUUGUCGUCACUGUUGUCACUAUUGUCACCGUUUUCAGCUUUGUCACUUUUGUCACCGUUGUCACUGCUGACACCGUUGUCACCAUUGUCAACGUUGUCACCUUUCUCUCUUUUGUCACCAUUGUCACCGUUGUCACUGUUGUCACUGUUGUCACCAAUGUCACCGUUGUCACUUUUAUCACUUUUGUCACCGUUGUCACUGUGUCGCCGUUGUCACAGAUGUCACCGUUGUCACCGUUGUCACCGUUGUCACUGUUGUCACUGUUGUCACCGUUGUCACUGUUGUCACCGUUUCCACCGUUGUCACGGUUGUCACUGUUGUCACCGUUUUCACCGUUGUCACUUUUGUCACCGUUGUCACCGUUGUCACCGUUGUCAUCGUUGUCACGGUAUUCACCGUUCUCACUGUUCUCACUGUUGUCACCGUUGUCACUGUUGCCACUGUUGUCACGGUUGUCAUUGUUGUCACUAAUAUCACUCCUGUCCUUCUUGUCACUAUUGUCACCUUGGCACCGUUGUCAUCGUUGUCACUGUUGUCACCGUUGUCACCAUUGUCACCGUUGACACUGUUAUCAAUGUUCUCACCGUUAACACUGUUGUUAACCUUGUCACUGUUGUCACUGUUGUCAAUGUUGUCACCGUUGUUACUUUUGUAACGGUUGUCACUGUUGUCACCGUUGUCACCGUUGUCACUGUUUUCAUGGUUGUCACCGUUGUCAUCGUUGUGACUGUUGUCCUUGUGGUCACUGUUUUCACCGUUGUCACCGUUGUCACCGUUGUCAUCGUUCUCACCGUUGUCACCGUUAUCACCGUUGUCACCGUUGUCACCGUUGUCACUGUUAUCACUGUUGUCACCGUUGUCACUGUUGUCACCGUUUUCACCGUUGUCACCGUUGUCACUGUUGUCACCGUUGUCACUGUUGCCACUGUUGUCACGGUUGUCAUUGUUGUCACCGUUGUCACUCUUGUCCUUGUUGUCACUGUUGUCACCUUUGUCACCGUUGUCAUGGUUGUCAUUGUUGUCACCGUUGUCACCGUUGUUACUGUUGUCACUGUUGUCACCGUUGUCAGUGUUCUCACCCUUGUCACCGUUGUCACUGUUGUCAAUGUUGUCACCGUUGUUACUUUUGUCACGGUUGUCACUGUUGUCACGGAUGUCACUGUUGUCACCGUUUUCAUGGUUGUGUCCGUUGUCAUCAUUGUCACUGUUGUCCUUGUUGUCACUGUUGUCACCGUUUUAACCGUUGUCACCCUUCUCACUAUUGUCACUGUUGUCACCGUUGGCCCCGUUGUUACCGUUGUCACCGUUUUCAUGGUUGUCAUCGUUGUUAUUGUUGUGACUGUUGUCCUUGUGGUCACCGUUUUCACCGUUGUCACCGUUGUCAUCGUUGUCACCGUUGUCACCGUUAUCACCGUUGUCACCGUUGUCACUGUUGUCACUGUUGUCACGGUUGUCACUGUUGUCACCGUUGUCACUGUUGUCACCGUUGUCACUGUUGCCACGGUUGUCACGGUUGUCAUUGUUGUCACUGUUGUCACUUUUGUCACCGUUGUCAUGGUUGUCACUGUUGUCACCGUUGUCACCGUUGUUACUGUUGUCACUGUUGUCACCGUUGUCAGUGUUCUUACCCUUGUCACCGUUGUCACUGUUGUCAAUGUUGUCACCGUUGUUACUUUUGUCACGCUCAAGCAGAUUAAGGCCUGGUUCUUUACAAAUUCCUCAGAAUUUUUAAGGGGGGUGGUCUAAUGUAAAGUUUUUUAAAGAUAUCCCAGGUCUUAUAAAUUAAGGCUAAUGAUAACUACGAAAUCUUCAACUUUCAUUUUAAAAAUUGUUUAUAACUGUAUCACGUGACCAGCCACGCCCUCUUUUAUUGGGAAAUCCUUUGGGUCGAAAUGCCCACUCUGUAGAAAGCAAACCGUUUUCCUUUUGUAGGUCCAAACAGUGGCUACUGAUAGUCUUCUUGUAAAAACGGGUGGAAUGAAACGAAGUCAUUUAACGUCUUUCUCGUAACGAAAAUUUUAUUAAGAGGAGGACUGGCACUAGUCAAUGAACACCAAUUGCACCUACAAAUUGUAAAGAUUCCUACCAUUCCAGGCUGAUUUCGUAGACACUUUGUAGGGUCAAAGUUUUGAUACAGAGAAACUAGAGUUAUACGUUUAGGAAGUGGUGGGCAUCGUUAAUUGAAAUUUAUGAACAGAAGAGGGCGUGGUCGAUCACGUGUCGAGGUAAUUUGGAUUUUUUUUUCAAGUUUUUGUUAAGGUUAGUUUAAUUUACCACCUGUUUUUCAAGGAGGAUGUCUUUAACAAUAGUUUUUGGAAAAUUUGCAUAAAAAUCGCAAAUCACGUAGAACCAGGCCUUAAUCUACUUGAGCGGUUGUCACUGUUGUCACCGUUUUCACUGUUGUCACCGUUUUCACCGUUUUCAUGGUUGUCUCCGUUGUCAUCGUNUGUAGAAAGCAAACCGUUUUCCUUUUGUAGGUCCAAACAGUGGCUACUGAUAGUCUUCUUGUAAAAACGGGUGGAAUGAAACGAAGUCAUUUAACGUCUUUCUCGUAACGAAAAUUUUAUUAAGAGGAGGACUGGCACUAGUCAAUGAACACCAAUUGCACCUACAAAUUGUAAAGAUUCCUACCAUUCCAGGCUGAUUUCGUAGACACUUUGUAGGGUCAAAGUUUUGAUACAGAGAAACUAGAGUUAUACGUUUAGGAAGUGGUGGGCAUCGUUAAUUGAAAUUUAUGAACAGAAGAGGGCGUGGUCGAUCACGUGUCGAGGUAAUUUGGAUUUUUUUUUCAAGUUUUUGUUAAGGUUAGUUUAAUUUACCACCUGUUUUUCAAGGAGGAUGUCUUUAACAAUAGUUUUUGGAAAAUUUGCAUAAAAAUCGCAAAUCACGUAGAACCAGGCCUUAAUCUACUUGAGCGGUUGUCACUGUUGUCACCGUUUUCACUGUUGUCACCGUUUUCACCGUUUUCAUGGUUGUCUCCGUUGUCAUCGUUGUCACUGUUGUCCUUGUUGUCACUGUUGACACCGUUGUCACUGUUGUCACCGUUGUCACUGUUGUCACCGUUGUCACUGUUGUCACUGUGUCACCGUUGUUAGUGUUGUCACGGUUGUCACUGUUGUCACCGUUGUCACUGUUGUCACCGUUGUCACUGUUGUCACUGUGUCACCGUUGUUAGUGUUGUCACGGUUGUCACUGUUGUCACCGUUGUCACCGUUGUCAACAUUGUCACUGUUGUCACCGUUGUCACUGUUGUCACCAUUGUCACUGUUGUCACCGUUGUCACCGUUGUCACGGUUUUCACGGUUGUCACCGUUCUCACCAUUGUCAUUGUUGUCACUGUUGUCACUGUUGUCACCGUUUUCACUUUUGUCACUGUUCUCAGCGUUGUCACCGUUGUCACCGUUGCCACGGUUGUCACCGUUGUCACCAUUGUCACCGUUUUCACCGUUGUCACCGUUGUCACUGUUGUCACUGUUAUCACCGUUGUCACCGUUGUCACUGUUGUCACUGUUGUCACUGUUGUCGUCACUGUUGUCACUGUUGUCACCGUUGUCACCGUUGUUACUGUUGUCACCGUUAUCACCGUUGUCACUGUUGUCACCGUUGUCACCAUUGUCACCGUUGUCACCGAUGUCACUGUUGUCACCGUUGUCACCGUUGUCAUCGUUGUCACCGUUGUCACUGUUGUCACUGUUGUCACCAUUAUCACCGUUUUUACCGUUGUCACUUUUGUCACUGUUGUCGCCGUUGUCACUGUUGUCACCGUUGUCACUGUUGCCACUGUUGUCACGGUUGUCAUUGUUGUCACCGCUGUCACUCUUGUCCUUGUUGUCACUGUUGUCACCUUUGUCACCGUUGUCAUGGUUGUCACUGUUGUCACCGUUGUCACCGUUGUUACUGUUGUCACUGUUGUCACCGUUGUCACUGUUGUCAAUGUUGUCACCGUUGUUACUUUUGUCACGGUUGUCACUGUUGUCACCGUUGUCACUGUUGUCACCGUUGUCUCCGUUGUCAUCGUUGUCACUGUUGUCCUUGUUGUCAUUGUUGUCACCGUUGUCACCUUGUCACCGUUGUCACCGUUUUCACCGUUGUCACUAUUGUCACUGUUGUCACCGCUGGCCCCGUUGUCACCGUUUUCACCGUUGUCACCGUUUGUCACUGUUGUCACGGUUGUCACUGUUGUCACCGUUGUCGCCGUUGUCACUGUUGUCACCGUUGUCACUGGUGUCACNGCUGUCACUCUUGUCCUUGUUGUCACUGUUGUCACCUUUGUCACCGUUGUCAUGGUUGUCACUGUUGUCACCGUUGUCACCGUUGUUACUGUUGUCACUGUUGUCACCGUUGUCACUGUUGUCAAUGUUGUCACCGUUGUUACUUUUGUCACGGUUGUCACUGUUGUCACCGUUGUCACUGUUGUCACCGUUGUCUCCGUUGUCAUCGUUGUCACUGUUGUCCUUGUUGUCAUUGUUGUCACCGUUGUCACCUUGUCACCGUUGUCACCGUUUUCACCGUUGUCACUAUUGUCACUGUUGUCACCGCUGGCCCCGUUGUCACCGUUUUCACCGUUGUCACCGUUUGUCACUGUUGUCACGGUUGUCACUGUUGUCACCGUUGUCGCCGUUGUCACUGUUGUCACCGUUGUCACUGGUGUCACCGGUUUCACUUUUGUCACUGUUGUCACGCCGUUGUCACCGUUGUCACCGUUGUAACUAUUGUCAUCGUUGUCACUGUUGUCACCGUUGUCACCGUUGUCACCCUUGUCACCCUUUUCACUGUUGUCACCGUUCUCACUAUUGUCAUCGUUGUCACCGUUGUCACCGUUCUCACUGUUGUCACUGUUGCGACCGUUGUCACCGUUGUCACUGUUGUCACCGUUGUCAUCGUUGUCAGUGUUGUCCUUGUUGUCACCGUUGUUACCGUUGUCACCGUUAUCGCUGUUGUCGCCGUUGUUGCGUUGUCUCGGUUGUCGGGGUUGUCGCUGUUGUCGCCGUUGUCGCCGUUGUGACCGUUGUCACUGUUGUCACCGUUGUGACCGUUGUCACUGUUUUCACCGUUGUCACCGUUGUCACCGUUGUCACCGUUGUCACUGUUGUCACUUUUGUCACUGUUGUUACCGUUGUCACCGUUGUCACCCUUGUCACUUUUUUCACCGUUGUCACCUUUGUCACUUUUGUCACUGUUGUCACUGUUGUCACCGUUGUCACCGUUUUCACCGUUGUCACUGUUGUCACCGUUGUCACCUUUUUCACUUUUGUCACUGUUGUUACCGUUUUCACUGUUGUCAUUGUUAUCAUUGUUUUCACUUGUGUCACUGUUGACACCAUGGUCACUGUUGUCACCGUUGUCACGGUUGUCACGGUUGUCAUCGUUGUCACUGUUGUCCUGGUUAUGACCAUUGUCACUGUUGUCACUGUUGUCACUGUUGUCAUCGUUGUCACUGUUGUCACCGUUUUCACCGUUUUUACUUUUAUUCACGGUUGUUACUGUUGUCACUGUUGUCACCGUUGUCACCGUUGUCACUGUUGUCACAGUUGUCAUCGUUGUUACUGUUGUCACCCUUGUCACUGUUGUCACGGUUGUCACUGUUGUCACCGUUGUCAUUGUUGUCACCGGUGUCACCGUUGUCACCAUUGACACCGUUGUCACUUUUGUUACUGUUGUCUUCGUUGUCGCUGUUGUCGCUGCUGUCACUGUUGGCACUGUUGUCACCGUUGUCACCAUUGUUACCGUUGUCACCGUUGUCAUUGUUGUCACCGUUGUCACUGUUGUCAUUGUUGUCAUUGUUUUCACUGGUGUUACUGUUGUACCAUUGUCACCGUUGUCACCGUUGUCACGGUUGUCACCGUUGUCAUCGUUGUCACUGUUGUCCUUGUUAUCACCAUUGUUACCGUUGUCACUGUUGUCACCGUUUUCACCGUUGUCACUGUUGUCCUUGUUGUCACCGUUUUUACCGUUGUCUCCGUUUUCACCAUGGACACUAUGUUUACUAUUGUCACUGUUGUCACUGUUGUCACCGUUGUCACUGUUGUCACUGUCGUUACCGUUGUCACUGUUGUCACCGUUGUCACUGUUGUCACGGUUUUCAGUGUUGUCACCGUUGUCACCGUUUUUACUGUUGUCACGGUUGUUACUAUUGUCACUGUUGUCACCGUUGUCACCGUUGUCACCUUUGUCACUGUUGUCACUGUUGUGACCGUUGUCACCGUUGUUACCAUUGUCACUCUUGUCACUGUUGUCACGGUUGUCACUGUUGUCACCGUUAUCAUUGUUGUCAUUGUUGUCACCGUUGUCAUCGUUGUCACCGUUGUCACUGUUUUUACCGUUCUUAGCCUUGGUAACUUUUGUCUCUAUUUUCACUGUUAUUAUUGUUGUCCCUGUUGUCACCAUUUUCACUGUUGUCACUGUUGUCACCGUUGUCACUGUUGUCGCUGUUUUUAUCAUUGUCACUGUUGUGACCGUUGCCACCUUUGUGACUCUUGUCACCGUUGUCACCGUUGUGACUGUUUUUACCGUUGUCACUGUGUCACUGUUGUCGCCGUUUUCAGGGUUUUUACUUUUUGUCACUCUUGUCACUCUUGUCGCUGUUGUCAGUGUUGUCACCGUUGUCACUGUUGUCACUUUUGUCACUGUGUUCAUUGUUGUCAGCGUUGUCACUGUUGUCACUAUUGUCAUUGUUGUUACUGUUGUCACUGUUGUCACUUUUCUCGUGGUUGUAACCGUUGUCGCUGUUGUCACUGUUGUCAUUGUUGUCGCUGUUGUGACUGUUAUCACUGUUGUCACCGUUGUCUUUGUUGUCACUGUUGUCACUGUUGUCACUGUUGUCACUUUUGUCACUGUUGUCACUGUUGGCACCGUUGUCACUUUUGUCGCUGUUGUCGCUUUUGUUACUGUUUUCACUGUUGUCAUUUUCGUCGCUCUUGCCGUUGUGGUUACUGUUUUCAAUGUUGUGUCUGUUUUUGCUGUUGCUACCGUUGUUGCUGUUUUCACUGUUGUCACUGUUUUCUCUGAAGUGCAAGAUUUUUUUAGGAUUUGUAAAUUGUUAGCAUCGUGUCCCGCUGUGUUAGGUCAUUUUGAGCGCUGUGGUUGUCCCACAAUUGGUGUUAGAGGGAGUUCGAACCAAUACACCCAUCUUGCAAAGUACUUCUUUAACUCUGCAAACUAGCACUUUGCUUGGGAUGGCGUUUCCAUGACGCUUUCGUUUAACAGGACAACACCUCUCUUUUUUCUGGUAGUGUUUAGACUUCUAGGGUUGUGACCCGCGCAGGUAAGACAGUGUCGUUCCUGCGUAAGGUUAUUUUUGUUUUGUAAUUAAUUUUUGAUUUCUUGUUCUAUUUAGGAGUUUUCUGACGUUAACGUUGGAAGCAUUUUCCUUGAGAGCGUCGAUUUUUUUCAGGCUUAUGAAAUAUAUUGUUCAAAACAGGUAAGGUAAUUGCUUACUCUGAUUACAGGACGUAAUUACAUCUGGACACGUAAUGUGUAAUGUAGUUAUAAUUUUUUAUUCUAAAGUUUGACCAUAUAAGGGAAAGUUACUUGAAUAUUAGUAGUAUUUUUCUGUGGUAUUGUUUAUUAUGCUACCCAAGGUGGUUCUAAGUUUUGGUUCUGUGAUGAAAUCUAUGGUGACCAGUGACCAACUCAAAAGCCUAAUUCCACAUUUGAUGUUUUAUGUAAUUUAAUGUUGUUUUAUUUUACUUUUGUGAUGUAUUGUAUUUCUUGUUUUUGUAGUAAACUAUUGAAAUAGUGCAAUAAAUAAAAAUGUGAAAUCUGAAUCUGUUGUAACCAUUCAAAUGAAAGCUACUGAGCAGUACUUUCCUGUGGUACUGUUUAUUAUGCUGUACAAGGUGGUCCUAACUUUUGAGUCUGUGGAUGAAAUCCUAGAGUGUGACCAUUCAAAUGAAAGCUACUUAGCAGUACUUUCCUGUGGUACUGUUUGUUAUGCUGUACAAGGUGGUUCUACCUUUUGAGUCUGUGGAUGAAAUACUUAAGUGUUACCAUUGAACAACAUUUUCACAAGAAAUUUUUCCUGAAGUUUGAUUUGGACUAGAAUUAUGUAAAUGGGGCGUCAUUUCUUACCUUAUUUGAUUCAUCCAUCAUCCGACAAAACCUGCGAAAGCAACCCUCUCUCCUUGCUCCUUGGCUCUAGGGACGUUUCUUGCCCGUGAAACGUCCUUAGUGAUGAGGAUUAAGGAAAGACAGCUGUAUUCGCAGACGAUAAAUUUGUUUGUUUGCUGUUUUUGUUUUCUUUAAGACUGCCGCUUCUGCCUUGUUGGAAUCCCUUCAGAAGAAAACGGAACUGCUGAGGAUAUUUCUGAACGUAAGUACGGUUUGAUGUAGCCUGGAUGCCAGAGUCUUUUCAUUCGUGGUUUGAUCAGAAGAAAUAACGUUGGCCUCAAUAAAUGACAGAUUGGUAUACAUUUUGCAGUUGGCAUCAUUAAAUUUGACGUACAUGUUUUUUUGGGUUUCAGGUGACUUGUAGGGAAAAUCCAAAAUGUCGAAAAAUGGACUUGAAUUCUUUCAUUCUUGCACCCGUUCAAAGGAUCAUGAAGUAAGUGGCGUCAAGACAUCAAAGUCCAUCCACUGAGGCUGCCGUUUUAUUUCAUUUAUUGAUUACGCCUCGCUAUGACACACUGAAUCUUAAAAACGAGACUUGCAGAAGUCAACCAGUUUACCGGAAACUGUUUCCGCAAGGUCCGCGUAGUUUCUAAAAAUAACUUUUUUGAAGUUAAUAUAUCCCGUUUAACAUCCCUAGACUCCCUCUCUAUCCUACUAUGAUCUCCUGGUGACGCAGACUUGUGUUUUAUCAUCGCGAAACGCAAAAUUCGAGGUUUACUGAAAGCCAGUGAGCCGAAAAUAUUGGGAGAUAUUUUCAUUGAUUACGGGUAGUUUCUCUGGUUUCAGCCUUUCCGUCCUACAGAGAGCCAGCCGGUUUCCCUCAGUUAUUUUCGUCCAUUUUGCCAGACAGUUAGACAGUCAGCCAGCUAACAUUUAAAUCGGUCUGUUAGAUAAUUUCGCGUUCAGUCAAUCAGUCAGUCCAUAGUUGUCCUUUCAUCUGUCGGUCAGAACCUUGAGUCAACUAAUGUCUUCUUUUUGAAGUUUUCAUAAAGACCAUUUAGCGAAUAUCCGAUGACACUGCUGUAAAGAUCGCCUUAAAGUUAGGAAACUUUUUAAGUCUAAAGGUGAUACGUUAAAAGCGAAGAUAUUGCUGCACACUCGUGGGUCGCUAAAUUUUACAGAGGUUUGUAUGGUGGGGGGCGGGGAGGGGGGGGGAGGCAAAUUCACAAACGUACUAAACGUCUGUAAAUUUCAGCGACUUUACGGAGCUAUGCGUUGUUAGUUUUCAACAAAUCACGUUCAAAAUUAAAAUUUUAAAAAAGAAAUGUGAAAGAAUAUCGGAAGAGUGUUGUGUAAAGACUCCGAUAAAUGUUAGAAUUUUUUUAAGGGUAAAGGUGAUAAGUUAAAAGGGAAGAGUUUGCUGGACCCGGGGGGGGGCCUAAAUUUUAGGGGGGGUUGGGGGGGGGGGGGGGGGGGGGGGGGGGGGGAGGCAAAUUCACAAACGUACUAAACGUCUGUAAAUUUCAGCGACUUUGCGGAGCUAUGCGUUGUUAGUUUUCAACAAAUCACGUUCAAAGUUGCCAUUUUUACAAAUUUUAAGUCAUUUUUUUAGUCAUAUUGAAGGAGUUUCGCUAGGUGGUCUCAGUCAAAAAUUGCAAAAACCGUGGAAGGGUAAAUCAGUCUUUUGGCCUGUAAGCCAUUCCAUCAAUCGAGUGCCUUUCCGUUCGAUGUUUUGUCUGACUAUUCGCCAUAUUCUUCUGCGUCCUUUUUAUCGCUCAGAUAUCCACUGUUGCUAAGCAGAAUAUGCAAAGCAACUCCUCGGAGAAACACAGACCGCGAGAAACUCAAAGUGGCUCAAAGAAAGAUUGAAGAACAGCUCAAUAAAAUUAAUGCAGUAAGUAAUUUACAGUAAUUUCAGUUUUCGAAGUUAGUCAAUCGUCUUUAUGCUUAACUCAAACCGUAGUUGUAUUGUUUUAACUGAUUCGCACCAAGUGGUGCCUAUCUCUAACCCCUUCAGUUAUGGAUAUGGAACUUGGUUACACAUUGUCGAUGCUGAAUAUACGUACACCCCAGUUAUUCAAAAAGCAGAUGGUGACUUUGGCAUUGAUAUUGGUCUUCAUGGCUUGACGAACGAAGACCAGCAGUAAACGUCGCGAUCAUUAUCAAAGCGGGUGUCUCCAAACACACGGUUAUGUUAACACGAUUAGUCAGUUCUGUAUUGAUAUUCAUUACACGAUGAAAAGGCUAUUUCGAAGUUGCCUCAAGCCUCUGCUCUCCUCUCCUCCUCUGUUUUGACAGCUGUCAUUUAUCAAGUUAAACACAGGCUAAAGGCUCCGACAUUAAUUAGAAAGUUUGAUAUUUCACUUUGGUUUCCCUGUGGUGCUUACGGACUGGCGUACGGUCACAUGAUUACCAAAAUUUCUCGGAUUCGCCUCUUGCACAUCUCCCAUAAAGCACCUUUUUUGCCCCCCCUCCCCCCCCCCAAAAAAAAAAAUUUUGAAUAACCCUUGUUUUUCAUUUCUCCUGGGUAUUGCAACCGUUCCAAGAGAAAUUGAAAACAAUGCUUAUGCAAAAUUUGGGGGUGGAUGGGGCAGAUAACGUGCAUUAUGGGAGAUGUGCAAGUGGCGAAUGGACAGAUUAUCAAAUUUUCUUAGGUAUGGGGUUCCGCGAAGCGCACGCGUGGAGCUCCGCUAUAGCCUCCGAAACUAACGUCAAUUUCAUUUCGUUUCAGUUGAACACCACCGUUGAGUCGCGCCAAAAGCGAUAUCGUGCUAGUCAGCAGCUAGGACGAUCAGACUCGCUUGAUAAACUGCAAAUGAAGAAAAUGGCGUCGGAUAUUCUUAAUUGGACCAUGGAAGAGAUGCAGUUACUGAUGCACGGAGUCUUUCAGGUCUGUUCAGCCUUUUCUUCAUGCAUUAUUUCCCGUUCUUCUUGUUCAGGGGCACUGCAUGAUUUGACGACUGUUUUCUGUGAACUAUCUGUUCCGAGAAGCAAACAAUCCCUAGAAUUUUCUAUUGCUUGAGGACGGCUAAAAACUCUGAAAGACCGUUCCACUCGGGUACAAUUUUCAGAGGUUGUCUAAUAAAUUCCCUACGAUUCUCUGAAUAUAAUUUUUCACAUUUUACUCCCAUUAUUAGCUUAAUUUUCUUAGAAAAAGGAAACCUUAUAUUUUCGCUUUAAAAACUGUGAUGGAGAGAGGGAUAAGAAAAACUCUCACAUUCUUGAAACGAUAAAUUGCAUCUAAAAUUUUCGGGAAAAUAAUAUUGAAGCCUUUUUAUAUCCGAGAAGACUCAAGUUCCCCUAAGGUGACCGAACAGUUACAAAUUUAAUAGCGCCGCUUAGAAUGCAUUUCUACAGAUCUAAAAGUACUCUGGAUAACCAAAAAUGAUUUUUUAAUGUACGUAGGAGGAAACCGUCGUGGGGUGCCCCUGUUUCCCAAAAUUCUGCCCAAAAAACGCAGUUACAAGCGCAGAAUAUGGUGUGUUCGAACCCCCGCUGAACCGCCAACAAGGGUUGGUUUUUAUUUUACUGUUCUUACUUUUCAGGUCACUAUCCAUGAGUUUGGCGCUGCCUGGAACCGACGCAACAGCAAGAAGGCGCUCUCCGUGUGCGCACUUUUCUGUGUCAGAGGUCACUCAGAGGUGUGUAUCCUGAAUUAAGUAACAUAAGCGAAUAAUACAUGGUAAUGUAGUUUACUCUGCUAUGAUUAAAAUGCAGCUGUCUGUAACCAUGCGAAGGAGGCUAUCCGCGUAACAAACGAUUUCAACGUUUUAUGUCUUGUAAACUUAUUAUCUUACCAACCAUUAAGCGAAGUAAUAUUUACUUUUGCGCUUUUAUUUUAAAUCACGAUUAAAAUAGCAAAUUGUAGUAAUUUUAACUGGCAUAUUUCGUUCGCUGUGAAAUUUUUGGCUCAAUUUUGUCGUUGUCAUUUAUUCCGAAAACGUUCUUGGCUACUCCUUUCAUCCAAGCUAUAGUUUAGUUUUCCUUUUACUAGUGUAGUCAACGAGUUCGAGGUUUGUUUCUGUAAGUUACAAACCGAAUAUUUUUCUCCUCGAUUUUGUGACCAAUUUACGGUAAAACUUGCCUUGUUCUCUCUGGUCAAAGGCGUGGGCCUUAAUACCGAAGGAAGAAAAGAAGUUCGUUUCUUAACAAUCAGACCGAGAAAACCAUGUUUAAAAAAGUUAUUAUAAUAUCUCAGGGUGUUUUAAAUAUAACAUAAAAGAAAAACAGUGGCACUUACCUUGGACAAUAGAUCUCUUUAGCUUGUACGUUUUGUUUCCCCAAUAGAGGUCACGUGAUAAUACUCUAUGGAAACGUUUCUUUCAAAUUUCGUUUUAUUCACGUGCAUAUCUACUCAUGAUUUAUGAGAAGACAAUGGGUUAAGUUCCCCUUGGACCUCUAUUGGGAAAACAAAACAUACAAGCUAAAGACGUUUAUUUACCAAUCGCUUAGCAACUGCUAAAUGAAAUUUAUGUAACUACGGUUUUUAAUCCCUCUUUUCCCGUUAAUUUUUUUUCCUUUACUUUAGUCAUUAAGAAUUGAUUCUGACGACGAGGGGCAGUGUGACGAGUUGCUGUUUCCUGGGGAAGGAGAAGUGACAGAUGCCGCAGUUGUGUUACUCAGAAAAAAGAUAAGUGGAAAGUACACUCUUUUUAAGGUAAGUCAUCCCGGUCAUCCCAGUCAUCCCAGUCAUCCCGAACAUACCGGUCAUUCACAGGGCUGAAUUCACACAUUGUUAAAUGUUAUCUAUAACUUCAAAGGACUCAAAUGUUCUUUUAAGGAAGUUUUACAAGGCUUAAACAGUAUAAGAGAACUCGUCCCGCCUCGUUCGGUCGUCCCGGCCCUCCCCAGUCGCUCCGGUCGUCCCGGUCGCCCCACUAGUCUCGCUCAUCCCGGUCAGCUCGGUCAUACCGGUCGUCCCUGUUGUCCAAAUCGUCCCGGUCGUCCCGGUAAUCCCAGUCAUUCCCGUCAUCUCGGUAAUCCCGGUCAUCCCAGUCAUCCCGGUCAUCCGAGUCCUCCAGGUCAACCCAGUCAUCCCAGUCGACUUAGUCAUCCCGGUUAUCAUAUUCAUCCUUUUCAUCCCACUUAUCCCAGUCAUCCACUUAUUAUAGUAUCUCAGCUAGUUAUCUGCACGCUGUUUAAGAUAAUGAUAUUUCAAAGCAACAGGCCUAGUUAAGUGAGUUGAGGCAAGCUGUGCUUGUCAAAUAAUUUAUUUAUUUGCUUUUCCUUAUAAUUUUCUUUCUUCUUUUUCAUUGUUUUGCAUUUCAUUAUUUUUAUGUUCGAUUUUUUUUAUGAAUGGUUGUGCAUACUUGGGUGCUGUUGGCUACGCCCCUGUAAUCAGCUGAGUUCUUACCUUUGACAUUUUAUUUGUUUUUCCUCGUAGGAUCCGUUGUUUCUGGACAUGUGCGUUAUCUAUAGAGACUCUGGUAAGUAGAAAAAUAAACUUCUCUGUAGGGUAUUCAUUUACAGUGAUUUGUGUUGCUAACCAGUCGUUCCGUAGUCUCCUUCGCAGCCGUUAUUGGGGUCGUCACGCAACGCUCCUCCCCACUAAAGGCCAGGCUAGUCGUUCCAAAGCAACAUAUUUCGUUUUUUUUUUUGUUCCAGAGCUGAAAGACGCAUUUGAAGUGCUGUCCGUUGGUAAAGAGUCGUACGUUUUCCGAGCCUCAACCAGCCGUGAAUACAGAAGAUGGCUCAAGUACCUCAGGCUUGAAUCCAAGGAGCUUGGAGCUUGGAAAAGAAGGAGAAAUGGCCUGCCAAAUAUCAUGAUUAAAAACUUGUAGGAAGAAGCUUUCUGUGAGUCUUUACACAUCAUCGAAUCCUUAAAAAAUCCUCUUACAUGCACUAUUGUUAGUUCGCUCUAUGUAAAUCCGGAAUCCGGAAUCCGGAAUCCACGUUCCACUAACAAUGAAUCCAGAACCCAGUACCUGGAAU